CGCUAAAAUAAUAAAAUGGCUUCAGUCAAGGAUAAUCUCAUGAACCAAGUUGCCGAGGUUUUGCCCUCAUCUGGCAACAAAGUUACCAUUGUUGGUAUCGGCCAGGUCGGUAUGGCCUGUGCUUUCAGUAUCUUGGCACAAAAUGUCUCCAGUGAAAUCUGCCUCAUGGAUGUCUGCAAGGAUAAGUUGAUGGGUGAAAUGAUGGAUUUGCAACACGGUUCCAAUUUCUUGAAGAAUCCCAAAAUUACCGCCAGCACAGAUUUCGCCGAUUCGGCCAAUUCCAGAUUGUGCAUUGUCACCGCCGGUGUCAGACAAAAGGAGGGCGAAUCUCGUUUGUCCUUGGUCCAACGUAAUACCGACAUUUUGAAGAACAUCAUUCCCAAGUUGGUUGAAAACAGUCCCGACACCAUUUUGUUGAUGGUCUCCAACCCCGUCGAUAUUAUGACCUAUGUUGCCUGGAAAUUGUCUGGCUUGCCCAAAAACCGUGUCAUUGGUAGCGGUACCAAUUUGGAUUCGUCCCGUUUCCGUUUCUUGAUGUCUCAACGUUUGGGUGUUGCUCCCACCUCCUGCCACGGUUGGAUUAUUGGUGAACACGGUGACAGCUCUGUACCAGUGUGGUCCGGUGUCAACAUUGCCGGUGUUCGUUUGCGUGAAUUGAACCCCAACAUUGGCUCCUCUGAAGAUCCCGAAAAGUGGAACGAAGUCCACAAACAGGUUGUAGACUCUGCCUAUGAAGUUAUCAAGCUAAAGGGUUACACCUCAUGGGCCAUUGGUUUGAGCACAGCCUCCUUGGCCUCAGCCAUCUUGAGAAAUACCAGUGCAAUUGUUGCCGUUUCUACCUCUGUUAAGGGUGAACAUGGUAUCGAUAAGGAUGUCUUCUUGUCCCUCCCCUGUGUUUUGAAUUCCAAUGGUGUUACCCAUGUCGUCAAGCAAAUCUUGACCCAAACCGAAAUUGAUCAAUUGCAGAAAUCGGCCAACAUCAUGGCUGAAGUACAAGCUGGUCUUAAAUUCUAAAUAUGCAAACAAUUUUGACCUUAAACACAAAUUUUAGCUUUUAUCAAAA